GCUUUCUCGGCCCGAAUUUGACUUUCGGCAACUGGAUGCCGACAGUGGCGCAAUGUUCCCGGUGUCCCGGGCCCCGUCUCUCCGGUGGUCACUGUGCAUCGUCGAGUCGUGACUUCGCGAUCGCAACAUUGAAUCGCUAACCAACAACUUGUAUGCCGUACAGAAUUGCUUACGUGCAUUCUUCACCAUUCGUGCUACAUAAUCAACUCUUUCGGUUUCGCAAAACUCUUCUCUGGAGCCGGUGUUGAUGCCUAUACAUUGUCUAUAUGGCUGUGCUUAUCAUGUGGAAUUCAUAUCCAAUACUUUCGUCCAGCGCUUCAUGAACUUCAAGGAAUGGACCAGAUUCUCCACUAUGACACUGGUACCCAGUCAAUAGAUGGUUGUGCUUGCGUUCCCUAUUGUAUCUACGGAAUCCCGAGCAGCAAUCCAUCCCUCCCUCGCCGCGCGCCUUUGAACUCCGACCAAGUCAUCGCUUGCCUCGACGCUGCUACAUCGGUAAUCGACCGUGGAGAUGUGGCCUUGCCGAAUAGCCAGCUGCGGGUAGUAUGGGUGUUCGGAAAGUCUCUUCCUAAGCGACCCGAUCAAACAAUAGACAAGGGGACCUACACACCCGCUCCGCCGACGUCGGACGGCUAUACGUUUCAGGCAAUCUCAAGCGGGCUCUUAUGCGCAUCCGAACUCCUGAAGAAGCGCCCGGCGCCUUCGCAUGCCAAUGCGCCACGACAAUCCGGGACGGGAGAUGCAUCUCCAGCAGAGCGGCCGCAACUCGAGACCCCGAGAGUCUACGCCGCAUUUCUCUCCGCAGUGAUAUGGACGGUUACAUACAUCCUCUGUCGCGAUCAUCGUGCGAUCUCGCUCAAUUUCCGCACACUCCUCAUGCCAGAGCCUAUAAUAGAAAACAGGUCCACCCCCAGCCCGGGCAGAGCCGGGUUUCUCGCCGUUGCUCUCGAUGCCAACCUCACGAACACGGGGACACUAUCUAUAUCAUUCAAACCACUCUCGAAUAGAAGUUGGCGGCCGAUCCAGGAUCCUAUGAUUGGCUCAACUUAUAGUGGCAAGAUUCGUAUCGCUCCUGUUGGAGUAGAAGCGCGGUACGAUCCUACGCGAGCAUACACAUCAGACGAAGGGGGAGGAGCUGAACGCUGGAAGGCAGUGGUACAGAGAUGGUUACGGAGCAACGGAAUUGAGAUCGAGGGACUUGACGACCCCGAGCAAUGGGUACGAGUGGGUAGAAGCGGGCGGGCCAGAAACCCAAGAGCUGUGUGGUGGCCAGCCCGCUUGUGCUUCGCUCCUCGGCGAGCUCGUGACUUAAGUGCACUAGAUACACUCGACACGAACACCACCGGAACUCAGGAAGAUCAGACUGAGACGACCACGCCCCUGACGUUCCACGGUGCGUUUGGAACACAUGGGCUAUCUGAGGUUCUGAACGAGGCUCAGGAAUGGGCAAGUCAAAAAGACGCUCGUGAUGUAGCCAUUAAAGCCCUCCGAAGCGCAAAAGUGGAAGAAGAAUCUGAGGUGCCGGUUGACGCGGAUGUGAGCAUGUUGGAUGCAUCUUCACCGUUCAACAUGAGACAUGGAACCAUGUUCGAUGCACCGGGAACCACGGGUAUAUACCCAACACCACCAGAUGCUGUCUUAGCACACGCCCCUCAAGGCCUAGCGAAUGAUUCAUCUAAUCAUGCGUCGGACCUGAUCGGAUACCCUUCGUUGACCGAGCCGUUUGCUCGGCCGGAAGAGGUCCUCUCGACGGGCCCCGGUGCUGUGCGUGAGAAUCUUACUACAUCAGGCACGGAUUCGAAUAUUGAACCGUUUGCCGGCGAUGAUGACGAUGAGUUUGUGAAUAACGACCUUACGGAAGCGGAUUUCAGUUUUUUCGACGAACCCGAUGUCGAUCCGGUGGCUGAUAUUCCUGAAUCUACCGACGAGAUGGACAUGCCUGAUAUUUCAGCAAAGCCGGAUGCGGAUGAACAGGAAGCCACCCAGAUCGAUAACAUCGUUACGCUACCUAUCGAGUCAAAGUCAGAUACGAAAGAGCAUGAGGAAACCAGUGCUGGUGACGUAGAGUCGCCGACCGUUGAAUUUUCACGGCCAAAUCCCACAUUGGAGAUCGAAACGCACCAUCAUCAUGCCGAUUCGGAUUCUAAGGAGAAUAAGAUGCUUCUACUGAGCCCUGAACUCGUCAAGCGCAAGCUGUUCCCUCACGAGGUCGAAGAUGCCACAACGAGCACUGCAUCCCCUUUUGCGUCAUCCAUCAAGCGGGACAAUCCGUUUGAAGCGGUCAUCUUCAGCAGCGAUUUUCUUUCCGCCGAUUCCAAAUACAACAUGAAUGGGCGGUUUGCUUUUACCAGUUCCUCGCGAAAUCCUUCGGUGGCCAUGGCUGCUUCGCAUUUUCCCCCUCUUGCAGUUGAAUUGCAGGAGCUGCGCGAACGGGGAGCGCGGUGGGAGAGCCCAGAUACCACGGACGAGUCGAACGAUACAGAAGGCUCUUCGCCGGAUGUCGACGACGCCCGCACUGUAACGGAAGUCCAGCCGUUAUUCUUUGGGUCAAAUACGGAAGACCCGCCGCGUGGUACCAAAAGGAAGUUCGUCGGGGUUGACCGUGAAGCCGGUGCGACUCCUGGGAGCUCGAAUGAACCACCGACCACGCAAACCGGCGCGCCUGGUGUAUCAGUUCCCGAUGAAAUGACGAAAGCAUCGGAAUACUUCAUGGUCGAUCCGAACUCCCGUCCUUUAUUGCCUGCCUCCGACCCCGAAGCCCGCAGUUCUGCUACUUUGUACGACGAGAAGUCCCCCACCCCCGAAGAUACGAUUGCGAUAGCCCAGAUCAUUGCGAGCCAGCACAUGUUUAGCUCAAUGCGUGCUUCUCAGGCACCAUCCGGUUCCGAUCCAUCCGGGCGGAUAUCGAAAUCCCCGAACAAAUCCUUCCUGAACGCCUUUCGAAGUUCCGUUAAUGCCAUGUUUCCUUCCAGUCGGCCAUGCGAUUUCCAAAGAUAUCUCCAGAUCCAAGAUGUCUUCCCUGGGAUUGGAUGCUUGGCGAAUAUGAAAAACCACGUGAAAAGGACACCUGGAGCUGCUAUUCAUACGCCGGACACGAAUAUUGAUACAUCUGGACUCGUAUUCCCUAUUCCUCCACCACAGGUACGGAUGCGACGAUGCGAUGCGUUAUGGGACUUAUUGCCAACCUCUCUGUCAUUCUGGGAAGCACUGGGCCUUGCACCUCCUGGUGGGGCGAAAAACCUAGCCGUCCACUGUGUUUACCCCUCCUCAAAAUCGGGCUCGGAUUCAGUCGCGGAAUCUGUCGAAAACUUCAUCGAUAGCAUCGGGGCAGGAUACGAGACACUCAAACUCGGAAUACAUUCGAAAGGAAGGUCGACGCAAUUCGAGCCCGUCGGGCUCAUCCCGUACAGUCUUGACAGAAGAUCAUCGGAUGGGCAGAUGCUACCAGACAUAUGCAUCCAGUUGGGCAACAGUUUGGCAAGAACUGCGACUGAGCUACCCGUGAGAACAGAAAAGGGCGCAUCGAAUAUCAACGACUCAGGCCAGCCGGACAAUUAUGUGAUCUAUAUCGUUGAUCCCUUUGGAACCACCUCAUCGCUCCGUCAGAUCUGCUCCUCAUUCUGGGCGCUCUUCCAACAGUAUCGCAAGAAUGCGUUUAUACGUACCAUGCCCGCCUGUCCGGAUAUUGUUCUGCAGGUCGUCCCAUUGGAGGUGGUGUCGCGAUUCGCAGUGUCCGCAGCAACAGAUGCAGACCUUUGUUACAAGCUCGCUCGUGAGGUGUACGAUCGAUGUCCACCGAGAAAAGACGGGAAGCAAAAGCUCGAUCUUCCAAUCUACUCGGCGCCCUCGAUCCAUUUUGAAGAGCGACUCGCGAAACAGAUUCCUUUCAAGGUGGACAAGGAGCCACCGACGGAUCUGCUCCACGACAACAUGCAUCUUCAUGUCGGAUACAGUAAAAGUCAGGAUGGAAAUUGGGUGACUGCAGUCUGGACCGACAACACCGGGAAAUAUCACACCACGGCUUCUUACUGUCUCUACAAGUAUCGACCGAUCGUUGAAGUGAUCCGCGAGAUAUGGGAGACGACUCUAGACUUCUUACCCGCUCGGAGGUCGAACUGGCGGUUGUGCAUCGCACGUUCGGGAGUGAUGGAGCAAGACGAGUCAGAAGCAUGGCGGUCGUUCCAUUUCGUACCAUCCCAUCUCCAAGUAUUGGUCACGCUCGUGACCGUCGAUGCCUCUCCAUACCUCUCCAUCACCCCUCCAGAGAGCACCGCUGCCGGUGCAACUGGAACCCCUGUCUCCACCCCUCAAGCUGGCCCGUCUCCGGACACCCACGCACCCACACCUGCCGCAACGCCGAGCGACCUCACACUCGAAGCAUCGGCCGAUCCCGACGCGCACCUCAUCGACGCGUGCGACGAAACCUGGGGCAUCAUGCUCAACCGCCGGUUGCGCAACGCCCACAGCAUCACGGAAUGUCGCCCGUGUCUCGCGAGCGGACUACUCGUGAAACGCGGGAAACUGGCAGGUAGCGACCAGUUGUCCUCCUACGCUGACGACGACGGUGGCGACGAGUUCCCGUGCGUCGCGGUGAAUCUGGUCUGGAUAUGGCAAGUUGGGCACACGACGCAGGGAGGGAGUGGGAAUAAUAACUCGGGUGGUGGUAGUAGUAACUCGAUGAAUGAUGGAUCGCCUGGGGGUUUGCCGACGCCCCUGGCGUACGUGGAUACCACGUUGAAGGAUCUGUUGGUGCUGUAUCGAGGGUUAGGGCUCCUCGGAAAGCUUCGAGGGUUGCAAGGGACGCAGUCCGGACUGAUUCCGUGGCAUGUUGCUGCUGCUAUGAGGGGAGUACGAGAAGUGGAAAGAGCAUUUUUCUAAUAGAACGUGGUCAUGCCAUGGCUGAGGGGAUGGGUCGAGGAGGAUGCUGCCGCUAGUUAGAGUUCCGUAUAACUAAGUUAGAUACCCAACGUAUUACCGAUUUGUAGCU